CCGCUGAUUGGCUGAGGACUGUAACAACUGUCAUGGCUAACCAAUCCCGAGGCUCUGAGGGAAAGCCCUGCUCUCUGUGGUAAUUCCCGGAAACCCAGGCCUGGAGGUCUCUGCAGCGUUCGCAAAGGUCUUGUGUCCUUGUCUCAAUGCUAGGGAAGUUUUUCCUGCUUGGCUUCGACCUUUAACCCUUCCACCAGGGAGUGUCCCCUAACACAUCCAAACAACAAGACAGAAAGGCCCAAGAAAAAAGGUCAAGAUGGGGUUUAUGUUGUCAAAAUCUAUGAAUGAAAACAUGAAAAAUCAACAGGAAUUCAUGCUUAUGAAUGCUCGACUUCAGAAAAAGCUGAACACAUGCCAGAAGCUUGGACAGAACCUUCGGAUCACAUGCAACCAUGAACUCAGGAAGCAGAAAUUCAAUAUCAAUAUUUAAUAUAUCAAUCAAGACAAUUUCACUGCCAAAGUGACAGAUGGGGAUAACUGUCCAGAAGGAUCUGGAAAGGCAGUUACUGCUGCAGAAUGAAAUGAGGGAAAGACAAAUGGCUAUGCAGAUUGCUUGGUCUCGAGAAUUCCUCAAAUAUUUUGGAACAUUUUUUGGCAUUUCAGCCAUCUCUCUGACAGCUAGAGCAAUAAAACAAAAGAAGCCAGCCUUCUUCAUUCCUAUAGUUCCAUUAAGCUUUGUUUUGGCUUACCAGUAUGAUUUGGGCUAUGGAACUCUUCUACAAAGAAUGAAAGGUGAAGCUGAAGACAUACUGGAAACAGAAAAGAAUAAGUUGGAGUUGCCAAAAGGAGUGAUCACUUUCGAAAGCCUUGAAAAAGCUAGAAGGGAACAGAGUAAAUUUUUCCUAGGCAAAUGAAUCUGUGUUUACCCACUGUAUCUCAAAGCACAAAAUUAUUGGCUUGAAUCAUGAUCUUUAUAACUUUUUAAAUGCUCAAGAUUUUGAUAUAAUGGAUUUUAUUUUAAAAUAUUACAAUGCAAGGUAAGAUUUAUGGGACUAUUUUAAAAUAAAAUUUGUAACAUUCAACACAAAAUCAUGUAGGUAUUCUAACUUUCAGACUUUUAUGUGUGUUACAAAUGUCUAAAAAUAAAAUUAAUAAAUUAUUGUGUUUUGAA